AACGACGUCACAUAGGUAAACAAUAGCACGUCUCACGGGAGGCUCAGGGAAGUGGGAUCGUUAGAUAAAAUUUAAAUUCACCCAGGUUGUGUUAGCCUAUUCGUAAUAAGUCUUGGUAUACAACUUGAGCUGUUCGUGAAACGCGCCGGUUUGCAGCUUUAGCAGGUUAGAUAUCAGGUCUAGCUGAGGGGACGGAGCCUGGAAACGGAAGAUGAACGGCCAAGCGGACGUUGAAGUCGACUACAAGCGGAAAUACAAAAAUCUCAAGCGGAAAUUAAAGUUUCUUGUCUAUGAGCAGGAGUGCUUUCAGGAGGAGCUGAGGCGAGCACAGAGGAAACUUCUUAAAGUCUCCAGGGACAAGAGUUUUCUUCUGGAUCGAUUGCUGCAGUAUGAGCGAGUAGAAGAAGACUCAUCAGAUUCAGAAGCAACUGUUUCUUCAGAAAACAGUGAAGGGGAAGUACCAAGGGAGAGGGAAAGAGAACGAGAGGGAGCAAAGAAGCGAAAAAGUAGUCCCGGCGCGUGCCUUCCUUCUUCAUCAUCUCCUCAUCUCUCCCUGCUUUCCCGUCCUGGUAUGAAUUCCCUGCAGUCAUCCGGCUCUGGGGCCUACCUCAACGCUAUGCCCUUCCCACCAGAGUAUUUGGCUCCCCCAGCUGAACGAAUGAAGAAAGAGAGAAAAACAAAGACGGCUAAAAACAAGAAAGAGACUACGGGGAAGGUUGUUGCUCCAAUGUCAGCUAAUUACCCAUCAGCCCCUGCAGCUCCUCCAACUGCCAGUGGCCACUUCAGCUGGGUUCCUAGACAGAUGCUUAGUGGAGAUGCUGCUGAGGAGGAGGGUGAGAGCGAUGGAGACAGCGACAGAGGAGAUGAAGACAGAGGGGAGGGAGACGAGGCUGAACUCGUCAUUGACAUCCCUAAUGAGUGAGCCUGUGUGUGUGUUUAGAUAUAUUUAGAAGUACGGAGAAUCUAUGUGGGUGUGAGGUUGAAAGGCAGAACGUGACUGGCUGUAUUUUCUGCAUUGCACAAACGUGAAAGGAGAAUCAAGCACCCCCAUGUGGACUUAAGCUUAACUGCGGCAUCGUUGUCCAACCAGCUCCACCAGAAGUGUGUUUGCAUAUAAUUAUGUUUGUUUAUUAAUCUGUGACAAAAAGCAGUUUGCAGAUGUUUAAGAAAGAUCUAGCAUCACUGGGCUGAAUGAGCUAAUGUCUAAACAGCCUAUCUGCAAACUGUUCAAACUAUCUGUUCAGCUGUGACAUGUUUCAACUUUAAGUUUUGUUUACUUGUUAUGGUUUUGGCAUCUGUCAUUUGUACUUAAAGUAAGCUUAUUUCAUCUAAUUAUUUAAAAAAAAAAAAAAAAUCAAAGUAAUUGUCAUUAAUGAUUAUGCACUGUUUUUACUGUGUGUCAGAUUAAAAUCAUUUCAGCAGACUAAACAUUUUUAUUUAAACUUAACUGGUGUGUGUUAUUCACUUCAUUAACAGCUGCUUAUGCCUUUUUAUGUAUUUUGCAAAAUAUAUUUCUGAUUGCACCGUUUGAGAUUUUUUGAAAGCUGUGAAAGUGUUCUUCAGAUCUUACGUUAUGGCUUAAUGCCCCACCCCAAACAUCACACCCUGAAACUCUCAUUCCACAGCUGCACUCAGACACUGAAGUCUGCAGUCCUUUUU